UGAUCAUUAGUUGAGCGAGGACUGCUGAAUAAUUGGGACCUCCGAGUUGCUUCUGCCUCCAGGAGAGAUCUGUUGGGCUAUUGCUUUUAGCUUUUUGAAAAAAGCCAAACAUUCGAUCACCAUCCAUCUGCAAGAGUGAGUUUUUAUUGAAGUAGCUCCGUCUGCUUGCUCUCUCUCAACGCCAGCAGCUCGGCGGCAGGGCUCUUCCUAGAGGGAGCCCCUUCUCAGGCCAGGCAGGACAGCAGUGCUAGGAAAUUUGAAAAAGCAGGAAACAGCCACUGCAUGCCGAGCUUUCAGCCUCACAGCCCCCCCAGGCUAGUCUUCCGAGCAGCCGCGUAGCCAGAGAUCUUUGGUAUUGUGGUCACAUCCCUCCUCACAAGUGGAACAGUCAACCGCCGGCGACACUGGGAGGAAGCCGUGAUGUUGCAGAUGCUGUGGCCUUUUCUGUCCAGCUUUCUCCCUAGGGCUGGGUGCCAAGGCUCCAGAGAGGGGAACGAUAAUGAAGUCAGAGGCACCCCGGCUCCAGCUCGGGGAGACCAGAUGUCAAGCUUUUUGGGGAAACAGGACGGAAGGGCUGAGGCCACGGAAAAGAGACCCACCAUUUUGCUGGUGGUCGGACCUGCAGAGCAAUUUCCUAAGAAAAUCGUGCAAGCUGGAGAUAAAGACCUCGACGGGCAACUCGACUUUGAAGAAUUUGUCCAUUAUCUGCAAGAUCAUGAGAAGAAGCUGAGGCUGGUGUUCAAGAGUUUGGACAAGAAGAAUGAUGGACGAAUUGAUGCUCAGGAGAUCAUGCAGUCCCUGCGGGACCUGGGAGUCAAGAUCUCCGAACAGCAGGCAGAAAAAAUUCUCAAGAGCAUGGAUAAAAACGGCACGAUGACCAUCGACUGGAACGAGUGGAGAGACUACCACCUCCUGCAUCCCGUGGAAAACAUCCCCGAGAUCAUCCUGUACUGGAAGCACUCCACGAUCUUCGAUGUGGGUGAGAAUCUGACGGUCCCCGACGAAUUCACAGUGGAGGAGAGGCAGACGGGGAUGUGGUGGAGACACCUCGUGGCUGGAGGCGGGGCAGGGGCCGUGUCCAGAACUUGCACGGCACCCCUGGACAGACUCAAGGUGCUUAUGCAGGUCCACGCUUCCCGAAGCAACAACAUGUGCAUCGUGGGCGGGUUCACCCAGAUGAUUCGAGAAGGUGGGGCCAAAUCCCUCUGGCGGGGCAACGGCAUCAAUGUCCUCAAAAUUGCCCCUGAGUCGGCCAUCAAAUUCAUGGCCUAUGAACAGAUCAAGCGUCUUGUGGGGAGUGACCAGGAGACUCUGAGGAUUCACGAGAGACUUGUGGCAGGGUCCUUGGCUGGGGCCAUCGCGCAGAGUAGCAUCUAUCCAAUGGAGGUUCUGAAGACCCGGAUGGCCCUGCGCAAGACAGGCCAGUACUCGGGCAUGCUGGACUGUGCCAGGAAGAUCCUGGCCAGAGAAGGGAUGGCCGCCUUCUACAAAGGCUAUGUUCCCAACAUGCUGGGGAUCAUCCCCUACGCUGGGAUAGACCUAGCCGUCUACGAGACGCUCAAGAACGCCUGGCUGCAGCGCUAUGCGGUAAACAGCGCCGACCCUGGCGUAUUUGUGCUCCUGGCCUGUGGAACCAUGUCCAGCACCUGUGGUCAGCUGGCCAGCUACCCACUGGCCCUGGUCAGGACCCGGAUGCAGGCCCAAGCCUCCAUCGAGGGCGCCCCGGAGGUGACCAUGAGCAGCCUCUUCAGACAGAUCCUGCGGACCGAGGGCGCCUUUGGCCUGUACCGGGGGCUGGCCCCCAACUUCAUGAAGGUGAUCCCAGCCGUGAGCAUCAGCUACGUGGUUUACGAGAACCUGAAGAUCACCCUGGGCGUGCAGUCGCGGUGAUGGGACGGGGGUGCGACCCCGCCUCGCUCGGCAGACUCACGGAUCCUGGGCCUGCAGCCCCGGGAUGUUUAGCCAUCUCAUUCUGUGAAUGUGCCAACACUAAGCUGACUGAAGCCAAGCUGUGAAAAGCCUGGGGUGCGCCCGCAAGGGAGUAGGGGAAGGCCUGGCAGGCUCACCGGCUGUGUCCCGCUGACCCUGGCCGACUGUCACGUCCGCUCCGGCGGGGGGGGGGGUAGCAGGACACAGGCACACGCACACAGGGACAGGACGCUUCCUGCGGUGCCUGCCGAGAUAGCAGGGCUCGGAACCGGCUUGGUUCUUCCAUCUUGCAGCCAGACCACCAGCCGCGGGCCUUGCCCCCUGGCCUGCUGGGCGCCUACCCCGCGCCCGCCUUCCUUCCUUCCUCGCUGCUGUGUUAAUAUGGUAGGAGGAGGGCUACCAGCCCCCUCCCCUUGUUACUGCUUGCUCCUCUCGCCUCAGUCCGUGGGGACCUCACACCUGGCUUCCUGGCCCACAGUGUCACCUCUGGCCAGGUUGUGCCGGGAAGAGGGAGGAGUCCGGCUUUUGUGCGCACCCUCAUCUGAGCCCUGCUGUUGGCUUCUGAGCUCACCAACAGACGGGCACCCGGGUGUGCGUGUGCAUGCAGGGGGCAAGGCCACGCCCCGCCAUUGGCCGCCUGGCAUCCUGGUGCAUGGCUUCACGGAAGGCACGUGCUGGGUCCCGCAACGCAGAAAGCCUCUGCUCCUGCUGCCGGGGUGUCUUGGUGCUCUGAGCUGGCCCCAGACUCCGUCAGGACUGGCACCAACUCAGAACCAACCCGCGUCCCCUGCUCUGGAGUGAGAGCGGUGAGGCGUCAUGUAGCUGCGGGAAGGGGAGCCGCUGCCGGGGGUCCGCGCGUCCUGGGGAGAGAAGGAAAAGGUUUUUAAAGGCCUUAAUUAUGUAUCGUUGGGAAAAGGGUUUUGUUCAGAAGGGCACACUGGACAAAUGUGCAAGUUCUGUGCUUCCAGAGGGAAGACAAAGGGGGUAGAAAGCCUGGCCGACUGCAUUAAAGUCUGUUUCUGACGCCCCCUGGGGAUUCGUGUCCAAUCCCAAUCGGGGCAAAGUGGGACCAGCCUCACAUUCCACCGAUGCAGGGCGUCACAGUGCUUGGAGCCUAUUUAUUUCAUAUUUAUUUGAACAGAGUUCUGUCCUAACUAUUUUUAUAGAUUUGUUUAAUUAAUAGCCUGUCAUUUUCAAGUUCAUUUUGUAUUCAUAUUUAUGUUCAUGGUUGAUUGUACCUUCCCAGCACCCUCCAGGUGGGGUGGGGAGAGGAAGGAGGGGCCGUGGGAGUGACCUUUCCCGCCGCUGGCCGCGCUGUCGUCAAGUCUGUCCAAAGAAAUGCCUCGGAACUGGCGACGGAAGAAAGGUCAGGGCGGGAGGGCCCUGGUCAUGGGGAGGUGGCUCCUGGCAGGUUGGAGCAGGGCUUGCACCCAGGAAGAGCCUUAGGAUCUGAGGGUCUGACCGGGGGCAGGAAGAGUGGCAGAAAUCUCCACUCCGUUGAGCGUGGAAGUCCAGAUCAUUUCUUGGGCUGGGAGGAUCUCUUGUUUCAGCCUUUAGACUGACUAGGCGCUGAGGGGCCUAUCACUGUGAGUUUGGGGUGGGGGCUCCAGGAGAGGGCGGCCAGCUCCCCGCCCCCGCCUGUGAAGUGGGCUCCCUCCCCCCCGCCCCCCCACCACUCCUGCUCAGCAAUGCUGGUCAACUUGGCGACUUCACGGUCGCGCUUCUGUUCCACCAGAAUGGCCUGGUGAGGACAAUUCAAAUAGGAUGCAAAGAUCAAUGCAAAAAUUACUGUUUUAUCUAAAUCUAGGGAUAACUGGAAUUUGUGAAAAAGCAAAUUAAGACAGAAUUGGAAGUUGUCCUUUAAAACAGCCUUCUAAUAAAGUUGUUUCAAAGCUGA